AUGUCUGCCAACGGAAAUGAUAAGGUUAUGCUCCAGGCACCGUUCGUGCAUUACCAAGUGUCUUACGGCGACAGAUCCUCCACUAUGGGCGACUUUUCCACCGAGAACCUGACCUUUGGACGGACUUCCAUUGGCCGAGUCACCCUCGGCAGCGACCACAACAAUGAGGGCCUGUUUGUUGGUACCGCCGGUCUCCUCGGUCUCGGCUACACCGACAUUUCCUUCCCUUCGCAGGUCGUCCGGAUCUUCGGUCGGCGUUUCUCUUACUGCCUCUCCGACAGUCAAGCUGGCUCCACUUCGUCGUCAUCGACGCUCAUCUUUGGUGACGCUGUACUGCCGGUGGGAAUCAACAUGGGCGGAAGGUCCCGACAAGUGAAUGUCGCGAUGUCGGAAUUCCAGAUCUCUGGCAACGGAAACGGUGGGGUCAUUGUCAACUCUGGCACCUCCGUCACCCGCCUGGUACAGCCGGCGUACAUCACGAUGAGGGACACUUUCUGGGCACGGAUGACGCAGGUGAACCACACGACCGCCGGAUUCUCUCUCUUCAACACGUGCUACGACCUGAGCGGCAAGGAUGUUGUGAAGGUCCCCACUGGUGUCUUCCACUUUGGUCGAGGUUCCAAUCUGUCAAUUCCGCCAAGAAACUAUCUGAUUCUGGUUAACACCACCGGCUUGUUCUGCUUUGCCUUCGCUGGGACCAGCAGUGGUCUCACCAUCAUCGGCGACAUCCAGCAGCAGGUCAUCCGGGUCGUCUUCGACCCUGUCACUUCCCGAGUCAGGUUUGUCUCUUAA